CUUUUUGACAACUGCCCCUCAGUUUUCCUUUUCAUUUCUUUUUCUCGUAGAAAUGCCACCCAAAAAGCCAACCGAGAAAUCCGCCAAGCCGGGCGACAAGAAGCCCGAGCAGAAGAAGACUGCUGCUGCGGCUCCCGCUGCCGGCAAGAAGGAAACCCCGGCUGCCGCCAAGCCCGCAGCUGCUGCCCCUAAGAAGGCUGCUGCUGCUCCGGCCAAGAAGCCCGCCGCCGCUGCUGGUGCUGCCAAGAAGCCCGCCGCUGCUGCUGGUGCUGCCAAGAAGCCCACGGCCGUGAAGAAGACCGUGGCCACCAAGGCUAAGGCCAAGGAUGUCAAGAAGAAGCUGGCUGCCGGCAAGAAGCCCCAGUCGGUGCUGGCCAAGCUCUCCGCGAAGGCUCGUGCCGCCGCCAAGGCCAAGAAGGCCCUGAAGCCCGGCACCAAGCCCGCAAAGGGAACUGCCAAGGCUAAGGCUGUGGCUCUGCUGAACGCCAAGAAGGUCCAGAAGAAGAUCAUCAAGGGCGCUUUCGGCACCCGUGCCCGUAAGGUGCGCACCAACGUGCACUUCCGUCGGCCCACCACCCUGAAGCUGCCCAGGAACCCCAAGUACCCCAGGAAGUCGGUGCCGACCAGGAACCGCAUGGACGCGUACAACAUCAUCAAGUACCCGCUCACCACGGAGGCGGCCAUGAAGAAGAUCGAGGACAACAACACCCUGGUCUUCCUCACUCACCUGCGCGCCAACAAGAACCAUGUGCGUGCGGCCGUCCGCAAGCUCUACGACAUCAAGGUGGCCAAGGUCAAUGUGCUGAUCAGGCCCGAUGGCCAGAAGAAGGCCUAUGUGCGCCUGGCGCGCGACUACGAUGCUCUGGACAUUGCCAACAAGAUCGGCAUCAUAUAAACGGGUGGAAUGUGCAUCGCGUUCUACAUGUUCCAUGUAGAAUCUUUUUUCUAUAAACAAAAUAUUGCUAAGCUGACCGUUUUAGAGCGAGGAUGAACGUUUCAGAGUUGUCUGGGUAUAAUAAAAACCACUCAAAAACUAA